AUGAUUCAAAACAACGAAUACUCUAGAACAUACUUCCACGAAUGUAACACGUACAGAGAAGUUAUGAUGUUGUUGUCAAAGGAUCAUAGGGUACCGGAAGGAGCACAUGUGAGUGAUAUAGAACCAAAAUAUGGGAGUUUGGCUGGGUUCUCAGCAGAUCAGUUCAGCCAAAACGAUGAUCCAAAUGUCGGUAACAAAGUGUAUUUGGUGGGUGAGUCCGGCUCGGAGUUCUCGUGUACUGUACACAAGGACGGAUGUACUGAAUCUCAGGUCAUGUGCUAUACCCCACGAGGUAUGCCAGAAGAAGACCACUAUGUAAAGGUGAAAGUUGACGGAGAGGUUGUUGAAGAUGGCUCCCUGUGUAAUGGUGAUCCUACUAGCUCCGAAUGUACAUUCAAGCCAGACUCUGGAUACACGCCAACAAUAGAAGCGUUAACUCCACAAUCUGGAAAACCUGGAUCAUUUAUAACUAUGUUUGGAAACUUGAUUACUGAUAGAUAUGGCAGUAAUCUACCCGCAGCAAAGAACGGAAAAACAGUAAAACUGCUAAGAGUAUAUGCUGGGCCUCAAGACUGUGGGCUGAAGGAAAACGACGAAUUCUAUGGUCUUGCACUCGAUGACGAUGAAUCAGAUCAUGGAACUCUCAAAUGUAAAACAAAGGGGACAUCUGUUGGAUUCUUUAAUGCCAGUUUCAUUGUUGAAUCGCCCUACGGAAGGUCUAAUCCUGACCCGGAACUGUACCGUGUUUCGUACAAUGACAAGAUCCACAUGUUUCAGACUUACACAGACAUAAGCAGUAUCAGCCAUGCUGAAGGAAGUUUGGAAGGAGGUCUUGUGUUGACAGUUUAUGGCAAUUACUUUGACAAUAGAGAACCUUAUACGCAACCAAGAAUAUACAUCGGAGAUACUGAAUGUCAGAUAAAAGAGGUGGUAGUUGAUCAGUAUGUGAGCUGCGAGGUUGCUGCUGACCCUAGCUCUGGUGGUUCCAGUUUCCCUGGCAACCGAGGUGUCAACUAUGAGUACUGGACUUCAACCAGUAAAGACAUGAGCAGCUUAGAUAGCAUUUUGUCACUGACCAGCUCGUCUUCGGGAUAUAAUCAUGAAAUCUUGGAUGAGACAUAUUUCAAUGACGUCAGUGAUACAAUGGAUAAUUACGCAAGUAAAAUGACGACAUAUUUUACACCUCCACACACAGGGGAGUAUGAGUUCCAUUUGCUUGCUGACGAUGGAGCGAGAUUGUUCAUUGAUGGUGCAGAAGCUGUUACAUCAGAACGAGAUUGGGAGACAUCUGAUAGAAUAAACUUAGACAGUAAUAACAGGUACUUGCUUGAAGUUGUUCACUAUGAAAAUUAUGGAGACUCCUUUGUUGACUUGAAGGCGAAAUAUUUCAACACAGAAUUUACUAGUGCUUAUACUGGUAACGCCAAGCAAGAAGUGCAAGUUAUUUCCAUUUCUUCAACAGUGAAAUAUGAUAAACAAAAAAUAGAAUUUAAAAAGUUUUCAAGUCAGACAGCCGUCGGCGAGGUCCAGACUGUAAAAGUGGACACACCAGGAGAGUUCAGAUUUGGUUUAUUUGGAGUGUUUACAGAGCCUCUCACCACGAACAUGGCUGAUACAGCAAUUAAGGACGCCAUUAACAGCCUUCCUGUAUUUGGAAGUGAAGAGUCAGUGUCGGUCACCAGGCAAGCUGCUGCAACUCCAACUUUCCAGAUCUCUUUUGACUCAAAACGAGGUGACUUCCCAGAUAUAAGUGUUGUGAAAGUGGUAAACAGUUCAUCUGUGGCUUUUAAAGUGUCGUCCGACACUGAUGGAACUCCUGACCUUGACACCGUAGCUUUGUCUUUGGCAGAUGUUGUGUCGGACCCAUUUUCUGUGGCGAGCUUGGAUGCUUCUAAACUUGAGGCUGCUAUUGAGGUUAUGUUCGAAGCGAAGUGCCCGGAUGUGUUUUCACCAAGGACGGCGAAGUAUUACCAGAGUUUUGAAGAAUAUUCUUCAGAGUUUACCGGCACAAUUGUGAAAGAUACGGAGCCAUUCUGUGGAAGAUAUUCUUUAAAAGACCCAUUUCGUAUUUACAAGAAGAAAGAAAAAGAUUUUGGAAUAAUGUUGUCAUCUUAUGGCGUGAUGUGUUUUGCUUACAAGGGGUUCUUGCGGAAUUACAUAGGAAUGAAAUUCUCGUACAAAUCAUCAACAAAUUUUGAAACUGAGGAAAGGUGGCACUGGUUCACCCAUAACUUCAAAACAGAUUCAGACACGGAAUCAGAGACAUGGUAUUAUACGUGUGUUAACGUGUACGACGAGGCAAAAGCCUUACAGCCAACUGAUACCGAGCAUAGACUGGAAGAAGUUAGGGUUUUUAGUCUGAAUGAGGACCAGUCCGGCUAUGUUGACUCUGUUGUAAUUGGUCAGAAAAUAACCACUGAAGAUCCUGAGAUAAACGUACGACGACGACGCCCUGCACGUCCCAACAACGCCAUUAUUAAUGACGUCACUGUGAGCAGCGCGUCCAGCACAGAGUACACAGUCACGCUGAAACCAUUCGAAUGUGGAAAUGAGUUUCCUUUGUUCGAAUUAGCAAACGGAAGGGUGACAAGUGGAAAGUUAUCGUAUCCAAGUUCGUCGGUGACCUCAACACUGUACAACGGUAAUGGGGCUAUAAGCGUUACAAGGACGUCUGAAGCUUCUCCACCAGUUACUGGAAUGUUAGACGUAAUGUUUAACGGCAAAACUAAAACCGGACUGAAUAUAUCACUUGAGGAAAAGGACUUCAGCAAGGAACUUGCGUCACUAAAUGGAAUAGGAUCGUUGUCAGUGACAAAAGAAGGGGACUGUGCAAACUUUGAUUUGUCGGUAACAUUCCUGACACUUCCUGGAGACCAAGGAGAAAUGAAAGUGAAAAAUGCGCAGCUAGAUGGUAUAAAUCCUGCAGCCAGUAUCUCAACAUCUGUAGAUGGUGGAUUGUUUUACACACCGCUCACGGGUGAUAUGGCUACAACUGUACACGGCACGCCGCAGGUGCGACUGUACAUCAAUGAUGUACCAACGGCUUGUUCUGGAGAUUGUUCCUUCCAGUGGAAAUCAUCUGUUACCCCGACUGUCACAUCCGUGUCGCCAUCUACAGGAACCUCUGCUCUCAGCACUUCCAUCAGUAUCAGUGGUACUGGCUUCAGUACAGAUAUAACUAAGAAUGCAGUUUCCAUUGGAGAUGUGGCUUGUUCAGUUACAGCUUCUACAGCUACUAGCAUCACGUGUGAUGUUGGAAAUGGUCCAGUCGGUCAACAUAAAGUCAUGGUGAAUGUAGAUGGUAAAGGUUUUGCCAAACACUCUAGCGGAGAUGUGAUGUUUGAGUACACAGCUAAUAUUGAUAGUAUUUCGCCAACAUCAGGUAGUCUCGGAGGUGGAGUAACCUUGACAAUCUCUGGUUACGGUUUUAAGGAUGGGGCGUCAGUAACUAUCAAUUCAGCGUCUUGUGAUGUUAGAAGUGUUCAGCCAGACCAGAUUGAAUGUGUUGUUCCUGCCAUGAAAUCAGAUGGGACACAUGACGUUGAGAUCGAGCAAGGUUCGACCACGUUGACCUACUCAGGAUAUACAUAUGAUUCCUCACUGACAGCAACUAUAAGCAGCGUGACACCAACCACACUUGGAGUGCUUGGGGGUAGAUUGACCAUUUCCGGUUCGUCCUUUACCUCAACUUCUGGCAGGGUACAUGUUGGUUCAGUGGCAGGGACUAUAGCUUCAUGGACAGAUUCCCAAAUUGAAGUUGAUGUAUCUGGUGUCCCUGCUGGCACACAUGAACUCAAGGUGGAGACAAGCAAUGGUCUUGCAACUGACGGGAAUGGUGAUAUACCAAGCGUUGAUGUUGAUCUCGGUAUAACAAAUGUUUUCCCACUAACUGGUUCCAUAUUGGGCGGGACCAAACUGACUGUAACUGGAACAGGGUUUGGCACUAAUGCUACCCUGGUAGAUGUCAAUGUUGGAGAUGUUGAAUGCGAAAUUGAUACAGUAACUGAUACUCAGAUUGUGUGUGAUAUUACGAAUGCAGCUACGACACAUUCAGUUACAAACAAGGGCACAUCUCAAGAGUUUGGUGUGUUCUACGCAUACGACGAAUCAUACAUCAAGAUAAAUGCAGGAGAUUCUAUAUCGUGGUCAUGGGAGACCCCAGACUUUGUAAAUGAUGUCACUCAUGCCAUCAUCGAGGUUGAAAGUCCAAGCGCAACCAAAGCUAAAAUUGGAGGAUUUAGUAGUGGAACUCCUAGCAAAAAUGGUCAGUAUACUAAGCAGUUCACAGAAACUGGAAUAUUCUAUGUGUGGAGUGGAUACGUGGAUCCGUGGAGCAUUAAACACUACUCUGGAACUGUAGAAGUAACCGCUGCACAAUCAAGACUGGAGGAGAUUAGUGUAAAAGUCGGUGGCAUUGAGGCUUUACAUAACGUUGGAGGAGCCGCUGAUCCAAGCGAUUCAUCUGGCUGUAAGUCAGUCACCACAGGAAUCGACACGUGUUCGGAUAGUCAACCAACAGGGGGCGAUUCAAGUAAAUUCAACUUCGCAUUCUGGACAUGUAGUACCCCAACUGUCAGCUCUAUAGAUGUCAAUAAUGGAACAGUUCAAACGACAGUUACGUUAUCUGGUGAAGGGUUUUCAAAUACUGACUGUCAGAAUGAGAUCAGUUUCGGUGCUUAUAGCUGUGAUGUUACAUCCUCAAGCGAUACAAUGGUCACCUGCAACUUUGCUAAAUCUGAAGAGCCAGAUCUCGGUGUAUUGUACCCUGUGGCUGUAAGAGUUGGUAAUCGUGGUAAUGCACUCGUUGAAAUUACAUCAGAUGAAGAUAAAGGCUUCGGGCUGAUACCAAAUAUCGAAACGAUAACGCCAACUUCUGGUUCGCUCGCAGGAGGUGCACGUGUUACAAUAACAGGGUUUGGUUUCGGUGAUUCUCCCAUGGUGUAUAUCGGUACCUCCACAUGCGAGAUUAUUGACAACUCUUACACUGAGAUCAUUUGCGAGAGCCCAGCUUCUUCACAAGGAGAGAGGGAUAUUGAGGUCCAUGCAUAUGUAAACGGAAACCCGUUAACUGCAGAAUGCGAGACAUCAACUAGGACAUGCAGGUUUUCCUAUGCUACAUUAUGGACACCUUCGGUUACAACAAUUGACCCGGACAGCAUGUCAGGUACAACCACAGUAACUAUUACUGGAACAUCAUUUGGAACAACGAAUUCAGAGCUAGAGGUGACGAUUGGUGGGGCAUUGGCAACAGUCACAUCCGCUGCUGAUACAUCACUGACAGCUAGUAUUGAUAACAUACCAGCUGGUGAUAAUGAUGUUAUCGUACGUGUAAAAGAUUAUGGAAAGGCAUCUGGCAGUUUGAAGAUGUACGGAACUCCAACCAUCACAACAGUAACACCUUCAUCAGGAAGUGUCAAUGGUGAAACAGUAAUUACAAUUCAAGGCAACGGUUUUGUAGAGAAUGAUACAGCAGUAACAAUCGAUGGUACUUCGUGUGAUAUCAUCUCAACCACUCUGUCAGAGGUCAUCUGUGAGACUCGACCACAUGCAGCUGCUUCGGUAUCUGUAUCUAUAACAUCAAAUGGAGUCUCUUACACUCCUUCCUCGUAUAGUUUCAGUACUGGUUCAACUCCAACAAUCACCUCAGUCAGUCCUUCAUCAGGAUUUUCAGGCGACACUUUAACCAUCUCCGGUUCAAGCUUUGGUGGUGGCGCUGUAUCUGUCACUUUGAACGAUGCUGAUUGCACUGUCACUUCAAGUUCUAGCACACAAAUUCAGUGCACCUUGGGAAGUCACUCUACAGGGUCUGUUCCAGUCUCCGUCUAUGUUGAAGGACUAGGUCGCUCAAACACUGACCAGCAGUUUGAAUACCAGCUGUCACUCAAUAGUAUUUCUCCAACUGUAGCCCAGACAUGUGAUGUUGCUAUAACUCUUAAUGGUCUCACAAAAACGUUGGCCGGUUCCUACACGUAUGAUGCUGCACUCACUCCAACAGUCUCUGAUGUUACUCCAACACGAGGUGGAACAGGUGGUGGCACAACACUUACAAUUACGGGGUCAGGAUUUGGGUCUGUUGUCGGCGAUGUAAAUGUGAUGAUAGACGAUGUUGAAUGUGUUGUAUCAACAGCAACAGAAACAGAAGUCGUGUGUGUGACGGGACCACAUUUGGGAUCUGUGGAUACCAAAGUAGAAGUACAAGUCUCAGGAAAUGGUAUUGCUAAUGAGGUAUCUGCUGGUGAUGCAGAUUUCAGCUAUAUAGAUGUUUGGUCCUCCUUAUACACAUGGGGUGGUGUAUCACUACCUCAGGAAGGCGAAUUCAUCAUCAUCCCAUCUGGUAUGACACUGUUGCUCGACACUGACACUGCAAUACUCAGUUUUCUUCUUAUACAAGGAGGUAAAUUGAUAUUUGACGAGAAGGACGUUGAGCUUCAGGCUAAAAUAAUCAUGGUAACUGACGGGGGUCUUCUGCAAGUGGGCACAGAAUCACAACCCUUCCAACACAAGGGUAUCAUCACCUUGCAUGGCCACCACAGAGAUAAGGAAAUGCCAAUAUAUGGCACGAAAGUAUUGGCAGUCAGAAAUGGAACUCUUGAUCUUCAUGGCAAAAGAAAAGUGCCUUUAACAUGGACAAGAUUGUCAUCUACUGCAUCAGCUGGAUCCAGUACACUUGAGUUGCAGGACCCUGUCGAAUGGAAUGUUGGUGAUGAGAUAACCAUUGCUUGUACUGGUCAUAAACACUCUCAGAGUGAAAAUGAGAAGAAGACAAUUUCCAGUAUAUCAUCUGAUAAGCGCACACUGACACUUGACUCCGCCCUCGAAGCUACUCAUUGGGGAACACAGGAAACAUUUGAUGGUACAAAUGUUGAAUUCAGGGCUGAAAUUGGACUGCUUACACAUAAUGUUGUAGUUAGGGGUAACAGUGAUGCACAAUGGGAGGACAAGAUUGAGGCGUGCGAAGCAGGCUUUGAUACUGGGGAGUUUGCGACUCAGACAUGCUUUCUUGGCAGGUUUGGGGAUGAAAUAGGAAGUAGCCAGUUUGGAGCUAUGAUUUUGGUCCAUGCACCUGUUUAUGAUACCCAUGAGGCACAAGCUCGUAUUUCCUACACCGAGGUCACAUUUGCUGGACAAGCAUUUAGACUGGGCAGAUACCCAAUACAUUUCCAUUUGAAUGGAGAUAUGUCUACUAGUUAUGUGAGAGGAUGUGGCAUUCACCAUACUUUCAACAGAGCUGUUAAUAUCCACGGUACCCAUAACACGUUAGUUGAAAAGACUGUCAUUUACAACAUCAUGGGUGGUGCUUUCUUUUUAGAAGACGGUAUUGAGACUGGAAAUACGAUACAAUACAAUUUAGCUGUUUUCGUACGAGAAAGUUCUAGUCUUUUGAAUGAUGAUGUAACCCCAGCUUCGUAUUGGGUAACAAAUCCGAAUAACACCAUACAGCAUAAUGCAGCAGCUGGCGGAACUCACUUUGGUUAUUGGUACAGAAUGCAUGAUCAUCCCGAGGGACCGUCAUAUACAGAAACUGUCUGUCCUAUUGCAAUGCCACUUGGAGUCUUCUCGAAUAAUUCUGCUCACAGUUUUGGUUGGUUUGGAUUAUGGAUUUUCCCAGACUACUUUCCCAAAAAGGAUGCAUGCGGCGGCACAGAAGUCGAACCGGCUGUGUUUGAUGGGUUGUAUGCUUGGAACAAUGAUAAAGGUGCUGAGGCUGUAAACAGUGGUGCUUUACAGUUUAAAAAUUUUGUUCUUGUUCAGAAUAAACUCGCUGGUUACGAGGGGAAAUUGGUUAUUGAUGCACCUUUAUACACUGACGAUGCCCCUAUGAUAGCAGAUAGCUUAAUUGUUGGUACAACUACAGUUAUUCCUGGUUCAGAACAAGGUUGUACGAAGGGAGGUAUCAUCUUCCCAUACGGGGCAGGAUUUAGAGCGGUAAAUAUCAGAUUUGUUGAUUUUGCGGACUCAGAAUGUGCAGCCUUCCGUUUUACUAGGAUUGAUGGAACAUGCGGAGAUCUGUGUGGUGGUUAUACGUAUCACGCAGAGGGACUAAAGUUUGUCAAUUCUCCAAAUAAAGCUGUAUACGCAUGGGAAUGGGAGGGUAUAAUUGUGGACAAAGACGGAAGCGCUACAGGUAAAGCCGCCAACUGGGCUAUCUUACCAACAACAGGAACACUGCCAACUGACUGUGAAUCUGCUCCAGACUACAGUCUUGGUAUAGCCGCCAGCAUGUGUCCACCGCCGUAUCACAAAUGGCACAGAUUUUCCUUUAACAAAGCUUCACCACAGUCUCUAGAGGGCAGAAAUUUCAUGAUCACAAACCAGUAUGGUACAAGUAGUUGUCCAUUUGCUGAGAAACGAAUCAGUCACGGACUUGGAUGGGCGUUAGCGUUGCUUGAUGGGUCAACAUAUACAUUUGAAUUUGAAGGUGCCGCGCAGAUUAAUAAUAUCAGCUUCUCUGGACGAUUUGAACAUUUUGAGGCAAGUGAAUAUGUAUUUAUGGAAAUGGUAGUUGAAACCUUGCCAGAUAGAUUUUCGUUUGAUGGUGGAGAAACAUAUAUCAAUGCAACCGUCGGUGGUAUAGAUCCAUCAACAGCUGAAAACGGAGACUGGGAAUGGGACAAUACCAACAGCAAAGUGAAGUUUAUAGUUCAUGGAAAUAAACGUUCAAGACGCUCAAGUCCAGGGAUGACGGCACACUCUGUUGAUCGACCAGUGAGUUUCACAGCAUACAAAUGUUAUUAUGAAAACUGCAUUCCCCCGCCGGACCCAGACACAGUUCCUCCUGCUACAGAAAGACCCCUCGACUUUGACAUUUGGGAUGAUACGACACUUUGGAACAACUCUAACAAUGACAGCUUUGUCUCUAACACAGGCGGAUCAUAUGGGUUACCACAGGAUUAUGACGAUGUCAGAAUUGCUUUUGGAUCAUGGGUUGUCGUAAACAAAACAACACCGUUCAGCAAGCUUGGAACUCUAUUCCUUGAAGGAGUCUUGGAAUUUUUUGACACUCCAGGAGCUGUGUAUGAAAUAGAAGCUGAUUUCAUCAUUAUAAAAGGAGGGCGGCUAAUUAUCGGAUGGCCUGAUGAUGCAUUUGAUGGUUUGGCAACAAUUACCUUGAGAGGAAACCAUUCAUCUCCAUACUAUUAUCCAGGAGAUGGGCCAAUACUUGGAUCCAAAGCUAUAGGGGUAUUUGGAGGUUUGGACCUGUUUGGAAAGGAUGUUGGAAGAACUUGGACCGAGCUUGCAACAACGGCCACGGCAGGAUCAAAUAAAAUUGUUCUUACAGACCAGGUCCAAUGGUCUCAAGGCGAUGAAAUUGUUGUUGGUCCUACUGGGUUUGAUCCAUGGCAAACUGAAUCUUUUAAAAUUGAAGCGGUAGCAUCUGACAAUGUCACAUUGACAUUGAACUCAACGCUGAAGUAUUUACAUACAGCUCACCGUGAGACAUUGUCGAAUGGACAAGAAAUAAAGGUUGGCGCUGCUGUUGGUAUGUUGUCACGAAAUAUCAAGAUAGUUGGACAAGACUAUGAUGAUCUGUAUAAGGAGUCAUUUGGUGCACGUGUUCUUGUUGGAUUAGUCACAUCAGAAGGACAAGCGUACACAGGUUAUGCCAGAUUGUCAAAUGUGGAGUUCUAUCAUACUGGUCAAGAAGGGUUUACAGAUGAGUAUGAUCCAAGAUAUUCCCUUGCCUAUUUAGCAACUGGGAGUGUGAGUCAUGUAAAACCGUCUUUCGUGAGCAAAUGCUCUUUCCAUAAUGGUUUCAGCACAGCGAUUGGAGCAUUUGGUAUUGCAAGUCUUAACAUUACAGACAACGUAAUAUUCGGAGCGAUUGGCCACGGCCUAAGAACCAGUUCAGAAGACACUCAUCUGAUAAACAAUCUGUUGGCUCUGGUGGUGAGCACUGUAACAUACCAGGAUAGGUUUGAAGUUUAUGAUUACGAAUCGGAAUCUGGAAUUGAAGCUAUCUCUGCAACAGAUCUAACACUCCAGGACAAUCUUGUUACAGGAGCAGAAAGAAUUGCUUUCCAUGUCCCACCACAAGACUGUGAUGACACUUCUGAUAAAUACAAAAACAACAAAGCAUAUGCUAAUGUACUUGGGGGCGUUGUUAUUACAUAUCAUGACGUUUUAAAACAAACUGAUUGUGCUAAAAUGGCAGGACACACAGUUUGGAAAACUCACGACUAUGGCAUUUAUUAUCAGAACGAACUGAACCUCCUUGUAGAGAAUAAUCUACUUAUUGAGAACACAAAUGGGCUUUUCCCUAUUAUUAUUAAACCGCCUUCUCUAUCACAUCUGUAUGCAAAUAAAACUAUGCAAGUGCGUAGUACAACAUUUGUUGGUGAGACAAGUAGCUUUGACUGCAGCAAUGAUGUUGCUAACUAUCAAGAUCCCAAUUACCAACUGUCGACCAACGCUCGGCCCAGUUUCCCGCCAUCUGGUGGAAAGGUUGGUUUGAUAUUCCCAGGUUUCUACACAGCCGAUAACGGUCUUCCUUCCCACCCAUGGAAAGGCAUUAUGUCUUAUCCAGCCUUAGGAGGAUUAAUGAUCUUGAACAAUAUCACAUUUGCAAAAUACAGGAGUACCUCGUGUAAGUCAAAUUUUGCUGUAUCCACAAAUGUUGCAAAUGAUGACUUGAUGCAUCCCGUUAUAUCAAAGGGAUCAACUUUAAUUGAAGUAGAUGAGAGCAACAAGAUUGUCUAUCACAGACCAAAUGUAGGAAAAAUAAAUUCAGCAGACUGUGUGGACAUGGACUGUGACGGACUUAAGAAGGCGCUUUUCAAAGACUUGGACGGCACUUUCCUAGGACACGUUGGUUCCGUUAUCCCGCAAUCAGAGUAUGAAUGGGACGGCGAUCCCAGACGAGGAUUAGGAGAUCACAGGAUACCCGAAACGUUACUAACAGAUGCAAAUGGCAAUAGGAUACCUGUUGAUUCAAUUGCUCCUAAUAAAGGUAUUAUCCGAAAUAGGAACUGCUCGUACCAUUCUAGCUGGCAGGCGUAUGAGUGUAACGAUGAUCUAAACUAUGAAUUGCUUAUAAUUGAGAGCAUGGACGAAGAUACAGAAACAAGACGUCUGUCACCUGUAGCUCUUCUUGGAGACGGUUAUAUUGAUUUGAUCAAUGGACCGCAGGAUCAAGGCUGGUGCAGCGGAUAUACCUGCAGAUUGAGGGUUUCGACAUUCUUUGCCCUUGUUGCUACAGAUAAGGAGUAUCUAGUGCAUUUAUCAAGUGUCACGCCAAAACAUAUCCGAUACCGAUUGCUGAACGCUAAUCCUGAUGAGGGAAUCAAGCUUACACUUUGGUAUUCGAGAUCUAACAGACUUGAUGUUUAUGUUGAUGAUGAUUUUGUGUUGGCGACAAACGCAAAAAUUGACAGCAAUGGCAGAUACAUCACUACAGCUCCGAACGGAAAUGAGUUUGAGCCACAGAUAGCUAAUGGCACAGGCACUAACUUCUUUGACAAGGACAGCGGUGAGCUUACACUGAUCAUCCAAGGAUCACAAAGAAUUGAUGUUAAAACACUUGAAUCUGUCAUUGUCACCUUUGGAAUCCCAGCUCUUACUGUUGACCAAUUCUUCGGAGACGGUAUUGUAGAAAAUUUGGCUAAUUUCCUGAAUAUUCCAUUAACCAAAGUGCGUGUCGUGAAUGUUGUUAGUGCCUCCAGCAGUGGACGCCGAAAGAGAUCAGGGGAUGGAAUAACCGUUGAAGUUGAAAUUGGAGAUGAGCCAAUGACAAGUAUCAACGAUACAGCACCAGACUCUAUUGACUAUUCUGCUUUAACUGAGAUCGCAGCUAACAUCGUUAAUGAGUGUCAAGUAGGUAAUGUCAGUGAAACGUUAAAUGUAACUGGAGGAUGUGAGACAGUUGAGGUACCGUCAUCAGAUCCAGAUGUUGCCUCUAUUGUCUACAACACACCAACACCUGAUCACCUUUACUUCGCCAAGGAACCGGUACCAGAGUAUGAAGGAGUACAAUUAAAGAAACAGCCAAAAAUACGUGCUGCUGAUAUCUCGAGUAAUGUAGUGACUGACCUAGGAACAGCAGAAUUCCCAUGGCAGCUGACUGUAAGCCUACGAGCCGGAACUGGACAUCCUAACGCUAUUUUAAAUGGAACUCUGACAGUGAAUUGUUCAGAUGGUUGGUUUAUUUUCACGGAUCUAGAAAUAUCCCACAUGGGAACUGGCUAUAUACUAGAUUUUAAUGUUUCAUACCCAGCCGAAGCUGAAAACUUCACAUUGGCUUCAGAUCCGUUCGACGUUGACGGGCGGCCACUGAAGAUUCAUGUAUAUGAUAAAACAAGUGGCGAUAUUGUGCGCGAUGCAAGGUUUUCAGUCACACUAGAUCUUCAGGAUUCAAACACAGAAGAGAUUAUUAGCGACAUUGCCUGGAGAGAUCACACCUGGACAGCAGAGGUAAGCCUGCUUGGAAGUUCACCGUAUGCUUCUCUCGACGGCGUUCUCACUUCUUCCUUUGACACUGCCACCGGACAGGCCAUGUUCCCAGACCUUACUCUGACAGGCAUUGGAAUGUACUACUUACAAUUUAAUGUAGUAUCGAAUCCUCCAGACUUCAAGCUUACCUUGAACGAAAAAAUGGGCAUCAAACAUCCAUCACAUGUUGGCAUGACUAUUGAAGAAGAAUAUGAAGUUCAGGUGAAGUUUGAUGUAGAUUUCAACAAAGUGCUGCCAACAGGAGACAAACAGAAUGAGUUUGAGCAAAUGGUACUUACAGAGUACGCUAAUUUGUGGCCAGAUGUACAGCUAACAGUUGGCUCUAUCCGUGAAGGUAGUAUUGUUGUGACAUUUGUAAUAUCUGGAACAUAUACCGACGUGAAUUCCACAGCGUACAGUCUCUGUGACAGUAUCUACAACCAGACAUCAUAUUCCUAUAACGGCUAUAGUCUUACACUGUCACCCUACUUGACCAUCAAUAACCAGACAUAUUAUGGAGUGACCUGUGGUGAUCUGUCGGAGGAAGAUGAAGACGAAGGCCUAGCUGUUUACCUGAUUGUAAUUAUUGUUCUUUUGUGUCUCCUGGUUACAAUUGCUGUUGUUGUUGUCGUUAUUUGGAAAUGUACAGUCAAGCCUAAGACACAGACGCAUGACUGGCGUACUGGUACCCUGUAUAAUGGUGACAAGCCAGUUGAAGACCAGCUAUUCCGGGAAGAUUCUGGUGCCCCGCUCAAGUUCAACAUUGGUCAGGCACCAGUCAUGACUACUUUUGCUAGUGAGAAGCGUCAACCGUCCAGUAUGUCUGGCUUCUCUCUAAGGAUGAACUCUCCCGACCCCAUCAGUGUUUCCAGACAGUCAACCCAGUAUUCUUCUAGUGGGAUGGUUCAUCCACCACCUACAUACAACAGCUCCAACAUAUCGCAUGUAGUGAAGAAUAUGCACAGGCCUAGAAAUCAGAGCGCAAGUUCUCUCAAUGGACGACAGGACUCAAGGCCCCAUUCAGCUGUUUCUGACCGUGACAGCCCGCUACCUCCUGUCGGACAGAGCAUCCAUAAUUUAGAAUUGAUAUAAACUCAGACGACCAUAAUUCUUUAUACGGCGCAGGCGGUAAAGGCAAUAAGUAAUUCAUGUAAUUUCACAAAAAUAAAAUUCGUACGCUAAACGUUCAAGUAUCGCUUAGAUAUUUGUAUAUAAUUGAAAAAAGUUUAUCACUUCUUACUGCAGCAACAAAAAUAUAAAUGCAUAAUAAUUAAACUAAAAGCUGCUUAUUUGGAAUGAGCACAUGCAUUUGGUAAAUAUUGGUUAUCAUCAACGUCUCUGUCAAAAGGGAGAAGACAAAUCCAUAUACACCAGCUUCUCUUUUUUAUUGAAAACAUCUUUUGUUAUUGAAUCAUCUUCAGUUUCAAAAUAUCAUUCCUCUUUUUUCAAAACGUGCCCUUUGAAUCUGGAAGGGCCAUGUCUCCAGAUCCGUCAUUUUUAUGAAAUUUCGAAAGUUCUUAGAUUUGAAAGUAAGUUUGAUAGAAAGUAAAACGAAAGCGGAUCAGGGAGUACCAACGUAGUAUCAACUGCAUGAAGAAAAAAAUCCAAAUUUGUUAAUCACGCAGUGAAUCUUAGAUAGCAGGAUCAGUCGAUCUUUACAUAAUGUUCGUAAAAUACCAGCUAGGAUUAAAUAUAUUUGUGAUUUGUGUUCUUUUCUCAUUUCACAGACGUUGCUUUUCAAAUACUAUGAGCGUGUCAUCGUAGAAAUAUUUACGUUUAUUACGUAUUUUCUUUGAAUCAUUGAUAUAUUAGAUCAAAAUAAAUAUGUUUUUUUAUCAUUAAUGAUUAAUACAAGCUUUAGUUUUUAUAUGGUGGAAAAUAUCAAAUAUACAUAAUUUGGUUUAAACAUUGAAAAAAAAAUGAAAUAAAAAGAAAAUUUUUCACUCGUUUAUACCAGCAACUCAUAUUUUAUGAAAAUAUUUCAUCUGGUGUUCACCUUAUAAAAACAAAUUCAAUUCUACACGGGAAGAGAAAUAGUCUUUAUACCCAAAGUAGCAUUAGAUAAGUUUGAUCUUUAUAACAUGAUGUUUCAAAAUGAAGUUGAAUGAUCUUUCUGCCAUUUGACUGAUUGAAUCUUAUCUUAGCUCUAUAUAAGUAGAAUGCUUCCAUUAGAUUGUGUCAGUUGUUGCUAUUAAUAAUUUAGUCCUCGCUAUAAAAAGCUAGAUGUCUUUCUUGUCAUAAUCAAAACGAUUUAUAUUCCAGUAAAUUCUUCAUUCAUUUUCACAACGGGAAUGAUAUAUAUUUUGAUUUUGAAACAACACAAAGAGUCAAAAUUUUAAGAGAACCCAGUAUUGUAUGAUAUGAUGUGAUCUGUUUUUUUACAAUAGGUGGAAAAGAUAGGCGCUAAAUAAUUGAUUCUGUAUUGUCCAGUAGUCAGCGUCAUAAUUCUGUGAUAUACUUAUUUAUACUAUGUAUAUAUCAACAAUAUUAAAUUUUUAUAAUACACUAACUUAUGAUAUUACAUGCUUUGUGAAACUAAACGAAUCUAAUCACGAUGAGCACUGGUGAAUUUUGGUCUGUUACCUAUUGUUCUAGCUGGAAGUAUGUUGAUAUUGUAUUGAAUAUGACUUUGUUUUUGUUUUUGUUGGGUUUAUUAAAUAUGAAUGGUGCAUAGUUAGCAGUUAGCAAUUAAAGGCGUGUUUAUUAAUUUUGUUAUACAGCAUUUUAGAGCGCUCAAGCUUGAACUCUUUCUCUGUUUGUUUUAGAA